AUGGAAGUACUUCGAAAACGAAUGUCAUUAAGACGACUUCCUCAAUUAUUUGAUAAAAUUCUUGAUCAAUCCAUUGUGUCUAUUCAAACAAUGCUCUCACGUCCUAUUCUUAAUAAAGAUCGAUGUGCUAGUAUGGCAUCACGUUGUUCAAAAACAAUUACACAAUAUAAAUUUGAUAUGAUGGCUAUGACCAUUCCUAUAGCUCAAGAUACGGCUCGUGAUCAUACUCAAUUGGCAGACGAUGCGAAAAAUAAAUUACGACUACUCGACGGUUGCCUUGAUGAUCAUCGUAUGCAGCUCGUAGAGUCACGUGAAAAGGAAGGUUUUCCAUCCUUGAAACGAAUCCUCUAUGAACUUCAAUCCAAAAAAAUACCACGUAAGCUAGGAAUUCGUGCUCGACGUGAACGCAAAGUAGUACGAAGUAUUAUAAAAAUUUUACGUCAACGACCCGACAUUACUGUUCGUCGAACUGACAAGAGCAAAGUAUUUUAUGUAGCUUCUCUUUUAAAAAAGGGUGCUAUUAAUCAUGAGCAACAUAAGAACAUGUCUCCGAAAACCGAUGCACUAGAAUUGGCACAUCUUCAUUUUAUCCCAAAACCACAUAAACCUGAUACACCAUUACGACCGAUUGUAGCAGCUAUUCAUGCACCAGCAACAGAAGUGUCCAAAUUUCUUAAUGAUCUAUUAGCCCCUGUAUUUCUACGUGUUGCACGAAAGGCCACUUUUAUUAAUGGUAUUGAUCUUGUUCGAGCAUUAGAAAAAUAUGUUACCGAUGGUCAGUUAAAACCAACGACCUUGUUUAUCACUUUUGAUGUUGAAAAUCUAUAUACAAUGAUCCCACGGCAAGGUGCUUUAGAGGCAUUAAUGCAAUUUCUCGAACGACAUUUACGCAACAAGAAAAUUGGAAUAUUGCGCAUUGAUGAUAUCAUGAGAAUGGCUCGUCUCGUAUUGGAUACAAAUAUUUUUGCCUAUGAAAAUAAAUAUUAUCGACAAAUACGUGGUGGAGCGAUGGGAUCCGCCUUUACACAAACAUUAGCCAAUAUUUAUAUGUUAGAUUGGGAACAAAAAUUAAUACAAGAUCAAGAAGCCGACAAAGAAAUAUAUGGACGAUAUAUUGAUGAUGUAUUUAUGACAACAAACUCAACAUUCGAUCAAGUUAAAGAAAAAUUAGAAAAUGCUCAUAGAAAAGAUCCAAAUAUCCGAAUUUCAUAUUCCAUUCAAUCUACCAUCGACUUUCUCGAUGUCACAGUCAGCAAUGAUAAUGGUCAAUUGAAAACAACAAUCUUUCAUAAACCAGCCGCUGAACCGUAUAUACUACCUUACACAUCCGAUCAUCCACGACAUGUUUAUCAUAAUAUACCGUACGCAGCUCUACUGAGAGCAGGAAGAAUCUGCUCGAAUGUUGAAGAUUUUGACAUAGAACGCAUUCGAAUUGAUCUAUCGUUAUUACUCAACGAGUAUCCACCUUCAUUUGUUUCUAAACAUUUUCAUCGAUUCUUUCAACUCAACCAAGCAAUGCCCGUAUUAGAACGGCUUGAUUCAGAAGUGUACCAUGAAAUACAUCAAAAUUUACUGCAUACACCAACAAGAAAAGAAAAACAAUUAGAAGAGACAACCGAAGAUCUUGAUGCUUUACCUGAAAUGUUACAGAAAAAAAAGCCUUGGGAUUCGAAUGUCAUGUACGCAAAAUAUAACUUCGAAAGUGGACCAAGAUUAGCCUUUCAAUCUGAAUUCCGCACUUGGUGGAAACAACAUUUCGGACAUGCAGGCUCUAGUGUCGAACAUGUCCAACUAAAGUUUGCCGUCAAAACUAACCAUACACUCGAAGAUAUCUUAGUGCACAAGAAACCUCCAAGACAUAUGCUGAAACGCAAACCAAAUACAACGGAACAACGAACAGCUAAUCAAGAUAAUCCACUCACCCGAAAACUAAAAACAACAUGA